AUGCCACUCCACUUCAUUGAAAAACAUAACCCCCGGAUACCUGCUUGGGGGAAGACUAGAUUGGAUAUUUAUUUGCUUUCCGAAUGGGAAAAACCUCACCCAGACCCCUCAGUCUCCACUGAGUCCCCCGCCGACCGUCGCAAAAGGCUUUUACGCCAAUUUCUCGCAUUGGGAUGCGAAGGAAGACAGCCUUAUCGACCAGGCAAUGCACCACCCUCUCCUACUCAAGCUCAAAUAGAUGAUAUUCUUCGGCCUGCAAGGCCUGAAGCACUGCGUGUCUACGGUCAUAACACCACUGCUGACAAUGGCUGCUGGCUUCGUCUCUGCUACACGAAUGAAGAGGGUCAUAAUGCUCUAUGGUCUGCCAAUGAACUCGCAGAAUGGGUAACUUAUGAUGGGGUUGUCCUUGACGAUGAAAGUAUCUUCGGUGGCCUGGAUUUGGCAGCUGCUCUGGAAAUAUUUCCUGAGCGUGUCGCAAAUGAGCGGGUCAAUUUUGAGAUCAGAGAGGAGAGCCUCAGGGACGCGAUAGAGGAUGCCGAAGAAGGCGACUGGGAUGAAAACCCUCUUGAGCCCUACGCUCUGUAUCAGGCAGAGUGUGUUGUUACCCAUAUGUAUGUGGAGGAUGAUGUCGCGGUGAAUGGCGGGGGUUUGUUGCAUGUGUUUUUGGACGACCGUGGGAAUGUGGUCAGGCAAUGGCGGGUGCAGGAUGAUGGAUCGGAGAGCAAUUAUGAUGGUGCUUGGUUUGAGCGUGUUUGGAAAGGGGACUUUGAAGGUGAGCGUGGAGAAGUCGGUCCUGCUUAUCAGGAGGGUGGAAGCCGAGGUCCCCCAUACACUCUUUGA